AUGCCGAAACGCACCCUCUUCACCAACAUCACCCCUCUCCCUCCUCAAGUCUCGCGCGAGGUCGCGAUUGCCAUGCUCCACAACCACGAUGAAAUGAUAGAGCUGAACCCGCUUGUCAUCGAACACCACCCCAUCAAAACCCCCCGAGAUGCCCCGGCCGACGAAUUCUUGGACUGCGCCUGGCAAGAGCUGACGGACAAGAUCCAUUACCUACCCGGUGGCAUCGUCAAAGGGAAAGUCAGCUAUAAGGCUUGCUUUCAUGAUACUCCAUAUGGGCUUCAGACACACAUCUAUGCUCCGAUGGGCCUGGACAUCCGAGAAAAAUGGACCAUAGGAGGAUCUCUGCCUGGUGAGCCUCCGGAGCCACGAGAACUGGGGAUCGAGGUGCCUCGAACAGGCCUCUAUCUCCGCGAGGAUGGCGACAUGAGAUGCAACAUGCUCCUUACGUCGUUUGUUCGCAAAAACCUCGACAACUCACACAAAGUUUUGGUGGAGCGUAUUCUCAAAAAGGCCGAGCGCGUGGAGGAACAGGUCCAGACCUUGGGAGUCCCUAUGACUCCUGCUCCAGAAACCCCUCGAUUCCAGUCCGGCUCCCACAUGUCGAAUUCGCAAAUCCUCAAUGCACCGGCCAUCUACCAAAGACCUCUCUCCCCUCAAAUGCUGUCGCCGCAGCAAGACCUGGGCUGGCAGACAAUGGCGCUACAUCCGGCUUUCCGGCCCGACGACAAGCGAACAAGCACCUACAGUCUGCCUCCAUACCAAGCCAACGCCCAGCAGCAACGAAUGAGCUACUAUGCACCACUGAAGCAACCUGAACCCCCCAAACAGUUCGUGGCCGAGUUGCCUGGUUCGACAUAUCACACAGGCCAUCUUGCGCCAAACGCCCGCGAUACUCCUCCGUUGGACCACCGAAUGAGCGUGGUGUCUGAAUUGUCAGGGUCUGAAGGAACGCUGAUGGGCUCACCCAAUCUGCAAGCUCAGUCCGACCAGAGCAGCCUUGUGGCAGAGAAUCCCUAUGUCCAGAGGCUAAACGCAAAGGAUUGGUCGCAGGACAGCGCCCCGUCGGUCGCAUCAGGCAUGUCGGGCCAUCGCAGUUUCUCUGACCGGACAAGCAUGAUCUCUGAACUACCCUCGUCACAACGUUCAGAGAACAGAUAUUACCAGGAAUACCAGGCCCCGAGGUCUUGA